AUGCUCAGUCACCUUCCCAUCCCUCGCUUGCCAAAUCGACAUGCAGGUCGUCAACCUGGCCGUACAGCUCGCGCCUGUGAUUACUGCCGAAUGCGCAAAUGGAAAUGCGAUGGCAAUAGACCGAUAUGUGGCCAGUGCGCCAGCACAAACCAGGUAUCAUGCGUUUAUUCCGAGCCGAAAAGGGACAGGGAUCAAAAGGAACUGGAGCGCGUAACGCAGAAAGCCGACCCUUAUGAAAGACUACUUCGAGAGGUAUCUCGAGAAGUCGAACUGCCUGUGGCGAGAAAAAUUUGGAAAGCAUUGCGGCAAACAUCGCAGAGGAUUAUAUCACAGCAAGAUGCAACCAUAUCUUCAAAUGCCUCCUCGGCCUCUUCCAUUGACUCCCUGGACGACCUUGAUGUUCUCGAUGAGGACCUCAACCGGAGCAAACAAAGCAGAGCGACCGGAUACAUCGGCAAGAGCUCGGAGGUUGCCUGGAUGCGUGGUUUAGAAAUGGCAGCCGGUGGUCCAUCCCGCAACGCAAAGGUAUUCAGCAGACGCAGCUCAUCACCUCCGGAGUCUGCUACUACGACAUCUUUCAAUUAUCACAUCGAACCCGCCGAAUAUCCAGGUUCUGAAGUCAACAACCCCUAUGACUUACCACCAAAAGCAUUGGCACAUUGGCUGCUGGGGUUGUUUUUUGACAGUGUCCAGCCGUCUCUACCUAUAAUUCGCCAGGAUCUUUUCACAGGCCAGUUUAAUUUAUUAUAUUCCGAAAGGCCAAGAAAUCCCGGAAGAAAAUGGCUGGCUGUGCUGAACUUGAUCUUUGCCAUCAGCAACAGGCUGUGUCAGAUUUCUGGUCAAGAUGUUCAAGACAAGGGUCACCAAUUUUUUUCUCGAGCACAAACGUUGAACAUAUCUGAAAGCUUGGUAGAGGACCAUGAAGACCUGCAGCAAGUGCAGGUAGAAGCACUCGCGGCCUUCUAUCUCUUGGCUUCAUCUCAUGUCAACAGGGCGUGGAAAAUGAUUGGCACAGCGGCACGGUCCAGUAUCUCUUUGGGUCUGCACUUACGAGCCUCGCAUAAUAAGUUAAACGCGCAGGCUCUAGAAGCUCGGCAUAAGCUUCGGUGGUCGAUUUUCAUUUUAGAGAACCUUCUCUCUGUCAUGACUGGGCGGCCCUCUGGUUUGGGAAACAGCUUUUCCUCGGCGGCCCCGCCUCUCGCCUCAGAAGAUAUGGGACCUUUUACCAAUAACGCGUCAAACGCCCGUCUAGAUCGUCCAUCCGAGAAUCCACCUAUGCAGUGGACAAUGAAUCAGCAAUACAAGCGGCUCAAAGCUCAACUUGCUUUGACCAAGACAAUGCCUGCGACCGACAAGCUAUACUUCUUUUGUCUCGCUGACCUGAUUGUUAUCUCGCACACUGCAUCAACCCGAGUAUACAGCACUGAUGCCGUGAAACGAGGAUUUGAUGAAAUAGAGAGCCGUAUCGAUCUUUACAAUACCACCAUGGUCGAUUGGCGUACUGGUUUACCAGAUAGUCUCAGCUUUGAGGUAAUCGAUGCCGGUCCGAACCUUACUGUCACGGAUUCUUAUAGACUUUCUCUGGCGAUGCAUUACCACAGCUCUCGCAUCUUACUGAACAGACCGUGUCUCACUCGAAAGAAGAAGGAUGGGAAGAGCGCCGACACGAAUCAUCUUUCUCGCCAGAGGAAAGAUAUUGAGGAAACCUGCUUACAUUCAGCUCUUGCAAUUCUUGAAAUUUUCCCAGAUGAACCAGGCUCAAAGUGGCUUUGCUCUAUUCCUUGGUGGAACGUUCUUCAUUUUCUGGUUCAAGCCAUCACUAUCUUGCUUAUACAGAUUUCCUUUGGCGGCUCAUUUCAAGUGCAGAAAGUCCAAAAUUCCACCAGUGAGUCAAGUAGCGAACAACUCCUGAAGCGUCCCGAUGUUGGCGAUCAUGAAGUUGUUCGUAUCGCGGCCAAGAAAGCUCUGGCCUGGCUUUGCCACCUUGGAAAAACGGACGAUUCCGCUCGUCGCGCUUACGAAAAAAGCGGGAGCUGCCUUCGCCGUAUAGAGUCGAUCAGUUACCAUCAGGAUGAUUUGACAGCCGUGACCGAUGCAUCUCAGGCUCCCAAUCUGGACGUACCUACCGAUCAGGCCUAUCAGCAGGGUCGGAGUAGGCUUAACGUGUCUUACUCUCAAUUUGCUGAUUCAAAAGGCUUCGGGUACGAUCGGAAUAACGGUGGCCCAGCCGUCGCCCCGGAGGAUACAGAAGGUUUCAGUCCAAUUGAACCCUCCGUCGGCACAUUGAGGGCGGAUAUCGACAUUUCUGACUGUGUUCCCGAUCCUGAAAACGGAAAUCUGGAAGACCUACUGCAGUUCCUGGGGUAA